AUGAACACAAAUCGAGCAAUUGAAUACGUCGUCUCUCAAACGAGAGAAAACAUUUCUUUUUUGCUGUCGGCUCAGCAAAUAUCACCCUCAGAUGCUAUGGACAUACUCGACAAGCUCCCCAAGGUCUCUGCUGCCCCAAACCCCGAGUUGGACCGUACUUUUCCCGCUCCUUACACCGACUCGCGGAAUCCAGUACCACCGACAAAAACGCCCGUGAAUAUACUGGCUGCUCGCCCAGUACCACCUAUACCUUCGCCAUUUCUGUUUAGAGCCAAAGCGCUCUGGGCUUACAAUGAGGACGGGCGGGAACCCAAUGAUCUGACGUUCGCCGCAGGUGAUAUCAUCGAGGUGACGGACGAAAAGAAUUCCGACUGGUGGACUGGUAGGCUCAACGGCAAAGGAGGAGUGUUCCCAUCGUCAUACGUUCAGAAACUUCCUCGCGACCCUCCUCCUGCUCACCCAUUCCCAACUGGAGGAGGAUCUCAAUACCCCGAAAAGCCCCAUGCACACCCACCUCAGAACUUCCCCAGUGGACCACCUCCGCCUCAGAACUUCAACAAUGGACCUUCUUAUUACUCGUCCAACCCAUACCCGCCCCCACAAAAUAACUACUAUACACCACCUCCACAACAAGGGAACUCGACCCCCAUUUAUCAGACCGCGCCUCCACCCGCUGCCCCUGUGACUACUGUACAAGAGCCCGAGAAGAAACAGGGCUUCUUCAAAGGGGGAUUAGGAAACACUCUCGCUCAUUCCGCUGCUGGCGGUGUUGGUUUCGGAGCCGGUUCUGCUGUUGGGUCAGGUAUCAUCAACUCCAUUUUCUAA